CCCUGCUCCAUCUCCAGCUCCGGCUCCGCUCCGUGCGCGGCUCCCGGGGGGUCCCGGCCCAUGGAGGGGCUCUGAGCCCCCUCCCCAUCCCCAGCACCAUGUUCGGGGGGGGUCUCCUCCUGCUCUGCCUGCUCCGCGGGGCGCUGGGCGCAGGACGCCCCCCCGGGAGCGAGGCUGGGGACACAACCGAGGGGACACGAAUCAGCCAGGACCUGGGGGGUGGCAGCCUGGCCAUCGACACCCUGCCGGCCAACGGGACCCGCGUCGUGGAGGACAAUCACAGCUAUUACGUGUCGCGGAUCUACGGCCCGGGGGACGCGCGGGGCCGCGGGCUCUGGCUGGAGCUGGCGGCGGCCAGCGGGAACCAGGCGAAGAUCCACGGGAUCCUGUCCAACACGCACCGGCAGGCCUCGAGAAUUGUUCUGUCCUUUGACUUCCCCUUCUACGGCCACCCCCUGCGGCAGGUGACCAUCGCCACGGGCGGUUUUAUCUUCGUGGGGGACGUCAUCCACCGCAUGCUGACGGCCACGCAGUACAUCGCCCCGCUGAUGGCCAACUUCAACCCCAGCUACUCCCCAAACUCCACCGUGCAGUACCUGGACAAUGGGACCGUGUUUGUGGUGCAGUGGGACCAGGUUUAUCUGCAGGGAAAGGAGGAUUUGGGCAGUUUCACCUUCCAGGCCGCCCUGCACCGCAGCGGCAGGAUCGUCUUUGGCUACAAGGAGGUGCCGGUGCCGGUGCAGCAGAUCGGUGGCAGCCAGCACCCGGUGAAGGCCGGGCUGUCCGACGCCUUCCUGGUGCUCAACCCCAACCCCGACGUGCCCGAAUCCCGGCGCAGGACGAUCUAUGAGUAUCACCGAGUGGAGUUGGACACCAGCAGCAUCACCAGCCUGUCUGCUGUGGAGUUCACCCCUCUGCCCACCUGCCUGCAGCACCAGAGCUGUGAGAUGUGCGAGAGCUCGGGGCUGAGCUUCAACUGCAGCUGGUGCCACGUCCUGCAGAGGUGCUCCAGUGGCUUUGACAGGCACAGGGAGGAGUGGCUGAGCUACGGCUGUGCCCAGCCCGAUCACCGGACCUGCGCGGAUCUCGCGGAUGUUGACGCCUCCCCCGCGCCCCCCGGGGUCCCCUCCCCCACGGGCUCGCUCGUCCUCGGCAGCACCGAAGAUGACACGAAGCUGAAGCAGUUUGCAGCAGAGGGCACAGGGAGCAGCCUCCCCUCCCGGGGCACCCCGGUCCCCACAGGUACCGUGGUGGCCGUCGUGGUGGCCGUGCUGUUCCUGGCCGGGCUCAUCCUGGCCGGGAUCUACAUCAGCGGCCACCCCACGUCUGCUGCUGCCCUGUUCUUCCUUGAGCGCCGGCCGCUCCGCUGGCCCGCCAUGAAAUUCCGCAACCACCCCAACCACGCCUCGUACGCCGAGGUGGAGGCGGCCAGCCAGGAAAAGGAGGGGUUUGUGGAGGCUGAGCAGUGCUGAGCACUUCUCCUGAGGAAAUCCCAGAGGAAUCCCGAGGAAAUCCCAAAGGAAUCAUGAGGAAUCACAAGGAAUCUUGAGGAAUCCCAAAAAAUCCCGAGGAAAUCCUGAGGAUUUACAAGGAAAACCCAAGGAAUCCCAAGGAAAUCUCAAGGAAUCCCAAAAAAUAGUGAGGAAUUCUGAGAAAAUCCCAAAGAAUCUCAAGGAAUCCCAAGGAAAGUCCAAGGAAUUACAAGGAAAUCCUGAGGAAUCCUGAGGAAUCUCAAGGAAAUCCCAAGGAAUCCCAAGUAAUCCCAAAAAAUCAUGAGAAAUUCUGAGGAAAUCCCAAAGAAUCUCAAGGAAUCCUGAGGAAUCCCAAGGAAUCUCAAGGAAUUACUAGGCAAUCCCAAGGAAAUCCCAAGGAAAUCUCAAGGAAAUCUCAAGGAAUCCCAAGGAAAUCUCAAGGAAUCCCAAAAAAUCGUGAGGAAUUCUGAGGAAAUCCCAAAGAAUCUCAAGGAAUUCCAAGGAUAUCCCAAAGAAUCUCAAGGAAUCCCAAGGAAAGACCAAGGAAUUACAAGGAAAUCCUGAGGAAUCCUGAGGAAUCUCAAGGAAAUCCCAAGGAAUCCCAAAAAAUCGUGAGGAAUUCUGAGGAAAUCCCAAAGAAUCACAAGGAAUUCCAAAAAAUUGUGAGGAAUCUUGAGGAAAUCCCAAAGAAUCUCAAGGAAUUACAAGGAAAUUCCAAAGAAUCUCAAGGAAUCCCGAGGAAUCCCAAAGAAUCCCAAGGAAAACUCAAGGAAAUCUCAAAGGAAUCCUGAGGAAAUUCCAAAGGAAUCCUGAGGAAUCCCAAGGAAAUCUCAAGCAAUCUAGAGGAAAUCCCAAGGAAUCCCAAAGAAAUCCCAAAGAAUCUCAAGGAAUCUGGAGGAAAUCCCAAGGAAUCCCAAAGAAUCUCAAGGAAUCCCAAAGAAUCUCAAGGAAUUACAAGGAAAUCUCAAGGAAAUCCCAAAGAAUCUCAAGGAAAUCCCAAAGGAAUCUCAAGGAAUCCUGAGAAAUCCCAAAGAAUCUCAAGGAAUCCCAAGGAAAUCCCAAAGAAUCCCAAGGAAAUCCCAAAGAAUCUCAA